AUGAAGACCUCCAUGUUCACCGUUCUCGCCGCCUCGGCCGCUGUCGUCUCGGCCGCUCCUGCAGUCAAGCGUGAGGUCAACUUCGGCGGCCUCUUCGGGCCCCUCAGCGGCCUCGCGAACCUCGGAGGAAUGGGCGCCGGCGUCUCUGGCGCGGGUCAGGACGCCACGGCCGAAUUCUUCAAGCUUGCCGACGGCGUCCUCAACGUCCCGAUCGAUGCCAUCACCAAGGUCAUGAAGGGAGACCCGAUGGGGGCCAUGACCGGCCUCGCCAAGAACGCCGCUGGCUUUGUCGGCUCGCUGCCCGGCGAUGCCGUCAAGAUUGCCGGAAACCUCGUUCCCAAGGGCGGCAAGAACUAA